GAAAGCUUUUUGCUUCAUACGAAUGAACUUCAGUCUCACCUGACAGACGCACGCUGAGGAUAGAGACGCCUGAAGAUUGUCGCAAAAUGAAGAGAAAUCACGACUUUAGCUCGUCAGACAGCGAGCUUGACGAAAACAUUGAAGUGGAGAAGGAGAGUGCUGAUGAAAAUGCUGGUAUGAAUUCUCCUCUUGGAUCGAUAUCUCCAUCUACAACCUCUCAAGUACAAGCGAGGAAACGUCGCAGAGGAAUCAUUGAGAAACGGCGUAGAGACCGGAUCAAUAACAGUUUAUCUGAACUGCGCAGACUCGUGCCCAGCGCGUUUGAGAAACAGGGCUCUGCAAAAUUAGAAAAAGCGGAGAUUUUACAGAUGACAGUGGAUCAUUUAAAAAUGCUUCAUGCAGCUGGAGGAAAAGGUUUCUUCGAUGCUCAUGCGCUGGCCAUGGAUUACCGUGGGUUGGGUUUUCGUGAGUGCCUGGCAGAGACGGCUCGUUACCUCAGUAUCAUCGAGGGACUGGACAACACCGACCCCCUCCGUAUCCGCUUGGUUUCACACCUGAACAGUUACGCCUCCCAGAGAGAAGCUCACUCCGGUUUGGGUCACCUGGCGUGGGGUUCUGCUUUCGGAACUCCGCCUGGCCACCUGGCUCACCACCUUCUCCUUCAACAGCAGGGGGCGCCACUCCCACGCAGCACCAGCAGUCCUCCAUCCUCGAAUUCAUCAUCGCCAUCUUCCUCGUCUCCAUCUGCCCCCUCCACAGAGCCGCACGUCCCCAGCAGGCUGACCGGCACGGUGAUUACGGAGGCAGGGCAGACGGUGCCACUGAGGGUGCCGCCCAGUACCUCUCUGCCUCCCGGGCUUACGCCAUCUUCAGCGUCCAAGCUAUCCCCUCCCCUCCUGACGUCACUUUCGGGCCUGUCGGCGUUCCCUUUCCCCCUGAGCGCAUUUCCUCUGCUGUCCCAGAGCUCGCUGGGUCCGGCGGCUCCCUCCAGCAGCCUGGGGAAGCCCUACAGGCCCUGGAGCAUGGAAAUAGGGGCCUUCUGAACUCUGCAAGAACAUAAGACUAUGGCCGGGCAGUCAUUUAGAAACUAACUGUAAUGUUCUUCUGUGACUAUUUCGAGAGGAUGGACUUUCUCCUUAUUGCAAGCUAAACAGAGCUGAUGUACUUUUUUUUAAAUAAGCUGUCUUUCAAUACAAUCCUGUCUUUAGUUGAUCUGAGAUGGGUUCUGAAGAUGGUCAGGUUUUAUUUGUAUAGUUCUUCCAUCAGAAGAGCAAGGUACUACGCAGGUACCCUGCUGUUGAGGUUAGGAGAGGGACAUAGAAAUGCUGUAGAAACAGAGAGAGAGAGAGAGAGAACGGGAAAGAGAGAGAGAGCAAAAGCAAUGGUGAGAUGCGUUAGUGAAUUAAUGUUAAUUCAAUAAAACUUUUUUUAAAUUAAAUGGUAGAAAAGUUCUCGACUUUCUGGUCAUAGAAAUAAAUCAUUUGCAUCCCAACCUUAAUAUCUACGAGACUUCUAGGCUUCAGAAUAAAUGAACUUUUUGUUCUUCAAUGAAUGAGAUGUUUAGCAUCCCUACACAUUAUCUACAACUAUGCAACAAUGUUGUGUGACUUAUGCACUAUGCAAAUAUACAAGAACUAUGCAACAGAAUCUCUUUUCACUCACCUUAAUGAACUUUAUGAACGGCAAAAAUAGUACUUUAUUUUUUCUAAAGAUAUUGCCAUUUGGUCAGUGACCUGUAAUGUUUUCACUGUGUUUAUCUGUCAUGAAUUUGCUGUUUGCUGGGAAAUUUGAUCUUUAACCAUGACAAUCUAGAUACUUUUUCAGGAGUGACAAUCUCACAGAACUGCACUAAUUUAAUCAUAAUAAAAGUUUGUUAAUAAAAUCCCUGCAAACAUGUGCAUCUAUCUAUGGUCUUAAAUCCUCUCUCUCUCUCUCUCUCUCUCUCUCUCUCUCUCUCUCUCUCUCUCUCUCUCUCUCUCUCUCUCUCUCUCUCUCUCUCUCUCUCUCUCUCUCUCUCUCUCUCUCUCUCUCUCUCUCUCUCAAACAGUACACGAGGAGUGUUAUUUUUUUAUAAAGAUUUUUGCAUUGGCAAAUCAGAUAUUUUAGAAAGACUGUACAUUUACAUUUAUACAUUCGGCAGAUGCUUUCAUCCAAAGCAACUUACAGCACAAUGCUCUUAUGUUAUAUAUUUUAACAGUGUGUUGAAAAUCAAACCCAUUAUGUUGGUGUUGCUAACGCUACGCUCCUUUAACCGAACUGUAGUAAUGGUUAGGACUGGUGUGGUACUGCGUCUGUCCAUCACUAACCUGUAAUAAAAUCAUAUUUGUAGUUAAAAGUCA